UGCUAGUUGUGAUUGCUAAAGGCUGGGAAACACAUAGAAUCCCUUGCACCAAUCUAUAGAAAAAGUGUCAUGGAGAUCUGCAUAUUCUUCCUUUGUGCUAUGAUAUUUCUCCCAGGUAUUGCUGCCAGUGUGCAUCCGGUGAAGGCAUUUCUCCAUCACACUGUACACCUAUCCUGCUGUUUUCCAAACUCUCAGGAAAUUGACGUGAAGGAUUUAAUAAUCUUUUGGCAAAAAGACAAUAAAGUGGUGCAUGAAGUAUAUCAUGGCCAAGAAAAGCAAGAGAACCUUAGUCCUGAAUAUAUAAAUCGCACCAAGGUGGACAUGGCCAAAUGGACCUUGCAGUUGUUAAAUGCAGAAGUUGAGGAUGAGGGACACUAUAAGUGUAUUAUUAUGAAAAAAACAACUGAACAAUCAAAAAGGGUCAUACACCAAUCUGAGUGGUCACUGCACAUCAUUGCCAACUAUAGUCAACCUGAGAUAGAACUGCACUCCGGGGAACUAAAGCCCAAUGGAUACUUGAACCUCACCUGUUCUUCCAGCGGAGGUUAUCCAGAGCCCAAGGAGAUGACUUGGCUGAUUUCACAUGAGAACAUAACACUCAGCAGCCCUGCUCACAUGAAUGUCUCACAGGAUGCUGUGACAAAGCUGUACAACGUUACCAGCAAGCUGAAUAUCCCAGUUCCUGCAGGGAGUCCCACUAAUAUCAGCUGCUUACUUCGCCUUCGGGAGCAGCUGGGAAGCCUUGUCUCAGUCCCACUGAGCAUAGAGAUAAAAGAGAAAGAAAUGGAGCAAGCAAAGAUAAAUUUCUUUGGCCCACUUAUAGCUGCGGUUGUAGUGAUCAUUUCUGCACUUCUUCUGGGUUUUGUGAUAUUAAAGAAGAACAGAAAUAUCUUGUCUACCAACCAGAGUGUCAGUCUAGCAGUCUAG